AUGUCUACUGAAUCCGCUUUAUCUUACGCUGCCUUGAUCUUGGCCGAUGCUGAUGUCCAAAUCUCUGCUGACAAGUUGUUGACCUUAACUGGUGCUGCUAACGUUCAAGUUGAAGGUAUCUGGGCUGACAUUUUCGCCAAGGCUUUGGAAGGUCAGAACUUGAAAGACUUAUUAGUCAGCUUCAGUGCUGGCUCCGGUGCUGUCGCUGCUACUGGCGCUGCAGGUGCUGCUUCUGGUGAAGCUGGUGCCGAAGCUGAGGAAGAGAAAGAAGAAGAAGAAAAGGAAGAAUCCGAUGAUGACAUGGGUUUCGGUCUAUUCGAUUAA